CUUCUCAGUGCUAACAAUACAUCCCAAAAUUGAAGAAUUUUGAGCUGAGGUCUCUCCAAUGGCUAGUUCUUGGCUCACUCCAACUAGGUGGCUGUUGGUGAUUUUUUGUCUAGCCUUGUCAAGGAGAGAUCUCGGGCCUCAUGCUGUUGAGGCAGCUCGAGCCUUCUUCGUGUUUGGAGAUUCUCUGGUCGAUAACGGGAACAACAACUACUUGGCAACAACUGCCCGCGCGGACUCACCACCUUAUGGGAUCGACUACCCCACACACAUGCCCACAGGCCGAUUCUCCAACGGCUUCAACAUUCCAGACUUUAUCAGUCAGAGUCUUGGCUCAGAGCCCACAUUGCCAUAUCUGAGCCCUGAGCUCAGAGGGCAAACGCUGCUUGUCGGUGCAAACUUUGCUUCUGCUGGCAUUGGAAUUCUGAAUGACACCGGAGUCCAAUUCGUGAACAUCAUAAGAAUGUACAGGCAGUACGAGUAUUUCAAGGAGUAUCAGAGACGUGUCAGCGCUCUGAUCGGACAGCAGCGAACCAAGAGGCUGGUGAACCAGGCGUUGGUCUUGAUCACCGUGGGGGGCAAUGACUUCGUGAACAACUAUUAUUUGGUGCCUUUCUCUGCUCGAUCUCGCCAGUAUGCUCUCCCGGAUUACGUCAAGUUCCUCAUCUCUGAGUACCGAAAGCUCCUAAUGUUCUUAAUAUCUGCAGAGAUUGUACGAUCUUGGGGCGCGGAGGGUCCUAGUGACGGGCACUGGGCCGUUGGGCUGCGUCCCAGCAGAGCUGGCCAUGCGAGGUGGCAGGAACGGCCAAUGUGCCCCCGAACUUCAACGGGCUGCAACGCUCUUCAAUCCGCAGCUCACUCAGAUGUUGAAGCAACUCAACAACGAGUACCGCUCGGAUGUCUUCAUCGCGGCCAAUACCCAGUUAAUGAACGGCGACUUCAUCAGCAAUCCUCGAGCAUUCGGUUUCGUCACGUCCAAGGUAGCGUGUUGUGGCCAAGGACCUUAUAAUGGUCUCGGACUAUGCACAGUAGCUUCGAAUCUAUGCCCUAACAGGGACCAGUAUGCUUUCUGGGACCCUUUCCAUCCGUCCGAAAAGGCAAACGGAAUCAUUGUGCAGCGGAUGUUAACCGGCUCGACAGAGUACAUGAACCCAAUGAACCUUAGCACCAUCAUAGCCCUAGACUCCAAGCUCGCGGAUCACGCCUGAAGUUUUCUAUGAAUAUAGAUAUAUUGAUUAAUUUCGAUUCCGUGUGCUUCCCCAAAUUCUCAUGCCUAUCACCACAUUUUUAAAGCAAAAUAUGGAUUUGAUUUUUUCUAUGAGGAUGUAAAAUAAAGUUACUGAAGCAUUUGAUUAAUUAUACGUACCGCAAUGUUGUAUGAUUUAGUAAUAAAUGCGUGUGUUUAAUUUGUUUUGA